GGAGAUUUAUAUAUUACUUUAAUAUAGAAUAAAAACCCACUUCCCCAUCUCUAUCUCUAAGAAAAAAUCUUUUCCUCCCUCUCCACGCGACGCCUUACCAUCGUUUCCUCGCCUCCGAGACAGAGCGGGAGCUCCCGGAACACUAGCUUCGGAUCGAGGGAGCCGUCGAGGAAUUUGGUGGUCGAUGUGCUUUGAAAUCGGUUGAGAUGAUGUUUAUUAGGGUGUUGGAGGGAUUGGAUCCCAUGUCUGGGGUUUGAAGAUUUGACGAUUUCGGUGAUGUGUGUUGUUUGUUUAAGUUGAGUCCGCCGUCGGCUUUGGGUACUCGGCCGAUGCGGAGACUAGGUUUCGUUGGUGGCGAUGGGGAAGUGUGUUGAUGAUUUGGUCUCUGUGGUGGUAACGGGCGAACUGCUUCUUGGUAGGGGGAAAGGAAACUCCGACGCUUGUUAUGGUUCUUGGUUUGUUCGAUGUUUGUGAGGGAGGAAGCAGAACAGCAGGUUUUAGCUUAGAAUGGCUGUGUCAAAUGAAAAGUGGAUUGACGGGCUCCAGUUCUCAUCCCUCUUCUGGCCACCACCCCAAGAUGAGACGCAAAGGCAGGCACAAGUUUUGGCCUAUGUUGAAUACUUCAGCCAAUUCACCUCAGAGGAAUUCCCAGAAGAUAUAGCUCAGCUAAUCCAAAGUCAUUAUCCCUCUAAAGAAAAGCGCCUUCUGGAUGAAGUUCUGGCUCUAUUUAUUCUACAUCAUCCGGAGCAUGGCCAUGCAAUUGUCCAUCCUAUUCUGUCACUAAUAAUUGAUGGGACAUUGGUGUAUAAUAGAAACAACCCGCCGUUUAGUUCUUUCAUAUCCUUAGUCAGCCAAAAUUCAGAGAAACAGUGUUCUGAGCAAUGGGCUUUGGCAUGUGGUGAAAUUUUACGCAUAUUGACCCACUACAAUCGGCCAAUUUUCAAGGCUGAGUGUCAUAAUACUGGAACUGAGAGGAGCAAUAGUUGUAACCAUGCAACGACAAGCAAGUCUGAGAAGCAAGAAGCUAACAAUCCAAUUCUACAGGAACAUGAUAGGAAACCACUACGACCAUUAUCUCCGUGGAUUACAGACAUAUUGCUUGCUUCACCAUUGGGCAUUAGAAGUGAUUAUUUUAGAUGGUGUGGUGGGGUCAUGGGCAAAUAUGCAGCUGGCGGAGAACUAAAACCUCCAACAACUGCUUGUAGUCAUGGAUCUGGAAAACAUCCUCUACUUAUGCCAUCAACUCCUCGAUGGGCUGUUGCCAAUGGAGCCGGAGUUAUAUUGAGUGUUUGUGAUGAGGAAGUAGCUCAUUAUGAAACUGCAAAUUUGACAGCAGCAGCUGUGCCUGCACUUUUACUCCCUCCUCCUACGACCCCCUUGGAUGAGCAUCUUGUUGCUGGACUGCCUCCUCUUGAACCUUAUGCUCGUUUGUUUCAUAGGUACUAUGCAAUUGCUACACCAAGUGCAACACAGCGGCUACUUCUUGGACUUCUUGAAGCACCUCCAUCAUGGGCUCCAGAUGCGCUUGAUGCUGCUGUACAGUUAGUCGAACUCCUUAGAGCAGCCGAGGAUUAUGCAUCUGGCAUGAGGCUUCCAAGAAAUUGGAUGCAUUUGCAUUUCCUGCGUGCUAUUGGCAUUGCGAUGUCCAUGAGAACUGGUGUUGCUGCAGAUGCUGCAGCUGCUUUACUCUUCCGCAUACUCUCACAACCUACACUGCUUUUUCCGCCUUUAAGGCAUGCUGAAGGAGUUGAAGUCCAUCAUGAACCCCUGGGUGGUUUUAUAUCAUCAUAUAAGAAACAGCUUGAAGUUCCUGCAUCAGAAGCUUCUAUUGAAGCAACAGCUCAGGGGAUUGCGUCAAUGUUGUGUGCCCAUGGUCCUGAUGUUGAAUGGAGAAUGUGUACCAUAUGGGAAGCUGCAUAUGGUUUGCUUUCUCUGAGUUCCUCCGCUGUUGACUUGCCUGAAAUAGUAGUUGCAGCUCCAUUGCAACCUCCUCCAUUAUCUUGGAAUUUGUAUCUACCGCUAUUAAAAGUCUUGGAGUAUCUCCCACGAGGAAGCCCAUCUGAAGCAUGCCUCAUAAGGUUAUUUGUCGCUACUGUUGAAGCUAUACUCAGAAGAACCUUUCCUUCAGAAAGCUCUACUAAGCAAAAACGUAAAUCAAGACUUCAUGGAAGCAUGUGGUCUGCAACUAAGAACUUUGCUAUUGCAGAGCUUCAUACAAUGAUUCAUUCUCUAUUUCUGGAAUCUUGUGCAACAAUGGACCUUGCAUCCCGUUUAUUAUUUGUUGUGCUAACUGUUUGUGUUAGUCAUGAAGCUUUACCAAAUGGGAGUAAAAGGUCAACAGACUAUGGUAGUUAUUCUGCAGAUGAAUUCACUGAGGAGCCACAAGUUGUCAAUGGAAGAGCUGCUAAUAGAAACAAAAAUCGGAAGAAACAAGGACCUGUCUCAACAUUUGAUUCCUACGUUCUGGCAGCUGCAUGUGCAUUGGCUUGUGAGCUUCAGUUGUUUCCUAUAAUUUCAAAAAAUGGUAUACAUUCAGAUUCCAAGAAAUCUGCAAAAAGCAUCAAGGCUGCAAAAACUAAUGGAAUUGCUUAUGAGUUACAUAGUACUAUAAGGUCUGCUGUCUGUCACACUCGUAGAAUUCUUGGAAUUUUGGAAGCCCUAUUCUCACUGAAGCCAUCUUCUAUUGGUACGUCAUGGAGCUACGGUUCGAAUGAGAUAGUAGCUGCUGCUAUGGUUGCUGCACAUGUUUCUGAGUUAUUUGGAAGAUCAAAGGCUUGCAUGAAUGCUCUCUCCAUUAUGAUGCGCUGCAAGUGGGAUGUAGAGAUUUCCACUAGGGCAUCUUCACUUUAUAAUCUUAUUGACAAACAUGGCAAAAUUGUUGCCUCAAUAGUUCAUAAGGCUGAACCUCUCGAAGCACAACUAGUACAUGCACAAGUGCGGAAGGAUGAUCCAACAUGUUCAAGUGGUAGAGUAUCAGUUUCUACGGGCAGCAGCAUCUUUUUACCAGAGGAUAUCCCAUGCUCAGAUUCUAACUGUAGUUCAUCAGGAACAUUUGUAAAGGCUGGCAAAGGAAUUUUAUCCACUGACACUAUUAUAGAGACAUCAGGGAAAAGUUUUUCAAGUUUGCCGGUUGAUGCUUCAGAUUUGGCAAAUUUUUUAAUGACAGACUGGUAUGUCGGUUACAAUUGUGGCGCACAAACUCUACUGAGAUCUGUUCUUGCAGAGAAACAGGAAUUAUGUUUCUCUGUUGUUUCAUUGUUGUGGCAUAAACUAAUUGCAGCCCCAGAAACAAAAAUGAGUGCAGAAAGUACAUCUGCUCAUCAGGGUUGGAGACAGGUUGUAGAUGCAAUUUGCAAUGUCGUUCCAGCAUCACCAACAAAAGCUUCAACAGCUAUCGUUCUACAGGCAGAAAAGGAUUUGCAGCCAUGGAUUGCAAGGGAUGAUGAGCAAGGGCAGAGAAUGUGGAAAAUCAACCAUCGAAUAGUUAAAUUGAUUGUGGAACUUAUGAGAAACCAUGAAUGCCCAGAAGCACUGAUAAUCCUGGCAAGUGCCUCGGAUCUUUUACUCCGUGCCACAGAUGGAUUGCUUGUCGAUGGAGAAGUAUGCACUCUGCCACAAUUGGAGCUUCUAGAAGUGACAGCUAAAGCAGUUCAACUUGUGAUACACUGGGGAGAAACAGGUCUUGCAGUUGCAGAUGGCCUCGCAAAUCUGCUUAAGUGCCGUUUAUCAUCAACGGUCCGUUGCCUUUCUCAUCCAAGUGCACAUGUUCGUGCUCUCAGCACAUCAGUUCUUCGGGACAUAUUGCACAGCAGCCCAACAACCAUAUCCAGCGGUUGUUUGAACGUGGAUGGCCAGCGCAAUUGCAAUUCAUCUUACCACUGGCAGGCAGACAUGGAGAAAUGCAUACAAUGGGAAGCUCAGAGCAGACUUGCGACUGGUCUAACGCUUGCUUACCUUUGUGCCGCUGCAAAGGAAUUAGGCUGCCCCAUCGAUUGUUGAGGAGCUGCAGCAAAGUCCCUGAUGCGACAGCCAAGCUCUGAAACCAUCAUAUGUUUAAUAUUACGUGGUUAAACUUGCCAAUGCAUCGUACUUAUUAUGCAUGUUUAUGGUUUGGAAAACGGUUGUCAACUUAACAAAUGUCGUGUUUUCUUCCGCUA